AUGAAUGCAAAGAACAAUGUUGAAGAUUUGUCACUUCAAGUUCAAUUGGAUGAAACAAAAGAACAAUUAAGUAGACAAAGUGAUUAUACCAGUAGUCGUUCACCGACAACUGUGGCAGUUUCAACUAUAUCUAGCAGUUCACGUAGUGGAGCAACUGUUCAAGGUUCCAAAAUUGCAAGUGGUAAUUCAAACAUUAGCACAACAAAGCGUCAAACAACCAAUCCUGCCACUAAUGAAAUAAAUUUAGCAAAAUCUGCACAGAAUGUUAAUUUCAAAGACAAGGCAUUAGUAGUUAAUCCGGUUGGAGAAUUAGAUGCUUCAUCUGGUCGAGGCUUUUUACCGCCCAUCGAUCGAAAUGUUGGAGAUAAAAUUUCAUUAAUGACAGAUGGAGCUGUUUUACAAGCUAAACGUAAGGAACAAAAACAGUCAGUGGAAAAUGAGAAAACAGGAAAUCUUGCAACGUACGAACCAAUGAAUAUAGAGAAUUCAAGUCCACGGAAUAAAUAUGAUGCAUUUGAAGAAUUUAAACGUGAACCUGGUUCAGAAUUAUUCCAUAUUUAUCAAGAAAAUAAAAAUUUACUAGAAGAAAAACGAGAACAAGGUUUGAAAUUGGCUACAGAAAUCAAUCAGAUCAAAUCAAAUGUGCAUGAAUUACAAAUUCAUUUGAAUAAGUCAAAAGCAGAACGUGAAGCACAAGGAUUGAUUCAAACUUCUGAACACGAAUCAAUUAUCACUGAAGAUGAAUAUAAUUUAAUCAAACAAAUUCAAACUUUAAAGGAUGAUUACAAAAUAAAAUAUUCAGAAUGGUUGAAACUUAAAGAAACUAUUCAAUAUUGUAAAUAUAUGUUAGAUGAAUCACAAAAACGUUUAUUACAAGAAUUUGAAAAUUGGUAUCAACAAUGUUUCAUGGAACCGCUGAAUCCAAAUGAUCCAGCAUUACAUAAUAAUCAAAUUCAUCUGAAUACUUCGAGUAAAACAAUAAACAAUCAUAACAAAGUAACAAGUAGUAUAAAUCAGAAUACUAAUGAAAAUGAUUAUUUAAUGGAAUUUAAACAAGCUCAAGAAAACUGUUUCUCCAAUCAUGCUGACUUAUUAUCAUAUCAACGUGCUAAAGAAAUGGUUACAUAUAAACAAGCUUAUCAAAGAAAACAACAAAAUUUGAGAAAAUCUCAUCGUACCUCGAAAUUUGGAUCGAUUAUCACGCCUUAUGCAUUGAAUAAUUCAAUAUUCAAAAAGCAGAAAUUUACUGUGGAUAAUAUCUCAGCCUAA